AUGGACAGGUUUACCUUUUAUAAGAAUAUGAAGGCAGAGCGAUUAGUGAGGAGUAUAGAACAGCAGUAUAAGACGAUCGAAACGGCGACGUCACGUCAGUGCUUUGCAACCUGUGACCAAAAUUUUGAUGGUAGUCUUCAUUUGUCAGACAAGCACUUUAACGCUUCAAUAAGUGGUGAAGUAGACUAUUUAUAUGGAUGCUGCCUUGAAAUGCUCGAUCAGUUGGACAAACUACUGCAUUUGCAAUCCGUUGUACUUGACGUUGUUGGAAAGCCUUUAGAACGGAAAUCACAAACUGGUCAGGGUCAGUGCCUGCUUGCCCCAAUUGCUCUUGUAAUUGUUGAUGUCAGCAUACUUUACCGUCAUUUGCUGCAGUUUAUGUUCAAACUUCGGCAAGAGAUUGCUGCUGACGCUUUCAGAAGUCCCUGUAACAGGUUCCACAGUGUUUACCUUGAGAUGAAAGCGUUUUUUGAAACAGCGUCUACUUCGCAGUAUCUUCAAAGCUUAGUUAAAGUUCCUGGUGUGCCUGAAACGGAACCUACUUUCCUCAAUGCAUCAAGCUUGGACCACUGUUUAAUUAGUGAAGCUACGGAGGUAUUUGACAGUGGUGUUCGAUUUGCUGGCGAAAAUAAAACAUUUUCUCGGGAUAGUUCAGGUGCUAAAAAAUCCUCACUACUUCGUCCAGAGUCAUCUGUCUUACCACAGCAAAUUGCUCUCCAGGGUCAGCAGUACAAGAAGGAGUUUGAGGUUAAAACAUUACGAGGAGAGCUCGAGGACGCACGCCGACAAAAAGAAGAACUUAUGGAUGACGCUCGUUCUCGGAUUGAACAGUACGAAAAAAGACUGACGCAACUAGAGAAGGAAAAUGAUUUGUACAAGAAGAGUUUAGAGAAUUUAAAGGCUUGCGCCCGAAUAGAAGAGUGCGAAGAGAAACUGCGGAAAGCAAAAGAAGAAGAUGAUUUGCAGAAAAAAAAAUUAAAUGACGUGAAGAAAACGAAUGAAGAGUUGCGAAGGACGGUCGCUUUGGCAGAAAAGAAAAAUACAGAAGUAAAAAGUUUGCUGGAGAAAAAAAGAGAGUGUGAGUCAAACCUUGCUAACAUGCAAGGCAUCAAUAACCUCCUGGAGUUGAAAUACAAAGAGGUACUUUGUUCUUAUUCUGUUCUCUCAUUUGUCGGUAUGAGACUCAGGUGUCGCAGCUCAGCAAUGCCAAAUCGAUCAUAGCG